AUGGCUGGUCUCUUGAUUCUCAUUUUGUCAACUCUUACAACAACUCUUGGCAACUCUUCUUCUGCUCUUCUCUUUCUAUUACCGAUGUGGACAACCGUGUCACCGUUUCUCCUCUGCUCUGUAAAUGCUGUGUCAGCACCUAUUUUCCUAACUUGUUUGUUUGUUUCUCUUUCUUUCUUUCUUUCUUUCUUUCUUUCUUUCUUUCUUUCUUUCUUUCUUUCUUUCUUUCCACGUAGUCCUUUUUUCUCUCCACGUAGUUCUUUCUUUCUUUCUUUCUUUUUUUCUUUCUUUCUUUCUUUCUUUCUUUCUUUCUUUCUUUCUUUUCACGCAGUCCUUUGUUUUUUUUGUUUCUUUCUAUCUUUCUUUCUUUUUUCCUUUUUAAUUCUACCUAAUUUCUUUCUUUCUUUCUUUCUUUUCACGCAGUCCUUUGAUUUUUUUUGUUUGUUUCUUUCUAUCUUUCUUUCUUUUUUCCUUUUUAAUUCUACCCAUUUUCUUUCUUUCUUUCUUUCUUUCUUUCUUUCUUUCUUUCUUUUUUCUUUUCUUUUCUUUCUUUCUUUCUUUCUUUCCACAUAUCCUUUUUUUUUUGUUUGUUUUUUUCUAUCUUUUUUCUUUUUUAAUUCUACCCAAUUUCUUUUUUUCUUUCUUUCUUUCUUUCUUUCUUUCUUUCUUUCUUUCUUUCUUUCUUUCUUUCUUUCUUUCCACGUAGUCCUUUCUUUCUCUCCACGUAGUUCUUUCUUUCUUUCUUUCUUUCUUUCUUUCUUUCUUUCUUUCUUUCUUUCUUUCUUUCUUUCUUUUCACGCAUCCUUUCUUUCUCUCCACGUAGUUCUUUCUUUCUUUCUUUCUUUCUUUCUUUCUUUCUUUUCACGCAGUCCUUUGUUUUUUUUGUUUGUUUCUUUCUAUCUUUUUUCCUUUUUAAUUCUACCCAAUUUCUUUCUUUCUUUCUUUCUUUCUUUCUUUCUUUCUUUCUUUCUUUCUUUCUUUCUUUCUUUCUUUCUUUCUAAGCAAUCUACUCCCCUAUUUUCAUUCUUUCGUUCUUUUCAGAUUUAUUUAUUUCCUCCCACUUUCUUCGUCUACCCAAUUGCUACCUCAGAGAUUUUCGUAUACCAUCUUUAUGCCCGCAACAACUAUUUCACUGUUAAAAGCUGUUAA